AUCAUAAAUCUCUCAUUCAUCUUGUUAUGGUCAACUCCUCUCCUGGUGAGGAGAGCAUUAUUAAUAGUAAGUGGGGCGCUCUUCCUCCUAUAAUAAGACGGACCCAUUAUCAUAAAUCUCUGAGAAGGGAGAAGAAGCUAGGAUUUGUGAAUAGUUAUCAUAAAUCUCUGAGAAGGGAGAAGAAGGAUUUGCAGAAGAUUAAUGGGCGAAUAUGCGUUAUCACGCAGGCGCUCUUUCACGCCGAGGAUUGCUCUCGACAUGUCGCCUUCCUUCUCCGAUUAUGCUGGGCCGAGCAAUCAUUCCGCGCCUGAAAUUGAAGCAGAGAUGGGCAAUAUGACCGGAGGCUUGAGUCCUCUCAGCCAGGCACUCUGGAAGAAUUCUACUGAUACGUCUCAGAUUAGCGACCUUUCUGCGUGGCUUACAUGGAAGGAUUUGAGUGUGACUGUUACAAAUGCCAAAGGGGAGCAGCAGAGAGUUUUGCAGGGCUUGACGGGCUAUGCUCAGCCUGGUUAUAUUAUGGCUAUCAUGGGACCCUCCGGCUCUGGGAAGUCUACCCUUCUUGACACCCUGGCAGGGAGACUUUCGAAGAGUUGUGUUCAGACAGGAGAAGUUCUUGUCAAUGGCAGAAGGCGAAGACUCUCGUAUGGAACUGUGGCUUAUGUGACUCAAGAGGAUACUCUGAUAGGCACAUUGACUGUACGAGAAUCGAUCCACUAUUCUGCUCAUCUGAGGCUUCCAGACAAAAUGCCCCGAGAAGAAAAGAUGGCAAUAGUUGAAAGUACGAUCAUGGAAAUGGGUCUGCAAGACUGUGCAGAUACUCCGAUGGGAAACUGGCACAGGAGAGGGUUAAGCGGGGGAGAAAAAAGGCGCGUCAGCAUUGCUCUGGAGAUAUUGAUGCGUCCUCGUUUGCUCUUCCUUGACGAACCCACAAGCGGCCUUGACAGUGCUUCUGCAUUCUUCGUGACCCAGACAGUCAGAAACCUGGCCCGAGAUGGGCGAACUGUUAUUGCUUCCAUUCAUCAACCCAGUAGCGAAGUGUUUGCUCUCUUUGAUUAUUUGUGUCUUUUGUCCGGAGGACAGACUGUCUAUUUUGGAGAAGCAAGUUCUGCCCACGAGUUCUUUGAUCAAGCUGGUUUUCCCUGUCCUCCGAGAAGAAACCCUUCAGAUCAUUUCAUUCGUUGCAUAAAUUCAGAUUUUGACAUGGUGAAAGCCACUCUCCAGGGAUCCUACAGGCUUAGGGACACUGAAAUGAAUGAUCCAGUAGACAGGAUCAGUACAGCUCAAGCAGUAAGAAUACUGAUGGAACACUACAGGUCCUCUGAAUAUGCAAUAGUGACAGCUGCCAGGGUGCAUGGGAUUUCCCAGAUUAAAGGAACAGUGCUGGAAUCCAAUGGAAGUCAAGCUAGUUUCCUCAUGCAAUGCUUCACAUUGACAAAAAGAUCUUUUGUUAAUAUGACCAGAGAUGUGGGAUACUACUGGUUGAGAGUUGUGAUUUACACCUUCGUCACCAUCUGCAUUGGAACAAUAUAUUAUGAUGUUGGAACGGGCUACAAUGCUAUCUUGGCAAGAGGCUCUUGUGCCUCCUAUGUCUCUGGAUUUAUGACAUUCAUGUCUAUUGGGGGCUUUCCUUCCUUCGUUGAAGACAUGAAGGUUUUCCAGCGUGAGAGACUGAAUGGACAUUAUGGAGUGACUUCCUUUGUAAUUGCAAAUACACUAUCUUCAAUGCCAUUUUUAGCACUAGUUGCAGGAAUCUCUGGAUCAAUUGCAUAUUUCAUGGUGAAAUUGCACCCUGGCUUCAGUCACUAUGCAUAUUUUGUACUUGAUCUCUUCGUUUGCAUGGGUGUUGUUGAGAGUUUGAUGAUGACGGUAGCCGCCUUGGUGCCCAAUUUCCUCAUGGGAAUCAUAACUGGAGCUGGAAUCCUAGGCAUAUACAUGCUAGUUGCUGGAUUCUUCCGUUUUCUGGAUGAUCUUCCCAAACCAGUUUGGCGCUAUCCCAUGUCGUAUAUCAGUUUCAAUUCUUGGGCAUUGCAGGGUCAGUACAAGAAUGACUUGAUGGGAAUGGAGUUCGAUCCUCAAGUUGCAGGAAUGCCCAAAAUCAGUGGAGAAUACAUCCUUGAAAAUGUUUUUGAAAUAAAAACAAGCCGUUCCAAAUGGUGGGACUUGGCUAUUAUAUUCUCAAUGAUAUUUAUCUAUCGGUUCAUCUUCUUCCUAGUGAUUAAAUACAAUGAAAAGGUGGCCCCUUCUCUGCGAGCAUUUUAUGUGAAACACAAAAUGAAGAUUGGAGGAGGAAAAAAGAUGUCACUGAACACAAUCAGACCUGCAACGUCCACAACAGCUUCUCCUCAAUUAUCCUCUCCAUCUUGAAGUUUUUUUUUCAAUUAUCACUAAUUAAAGGCUUGCCUGCAUCAAUGACAUUUUUUGUGUAAAGACAUCGCGUUUGCGCACGCUCGCAGAUUCUUCUCUUUGGAGAAGUAGGCCUACCAUUUCUAUUUCAUAUUUGUUAUCCAAAAACCAUUUGUCUUUAAACUGCUUGCAUAGAAACCGGGACAUUAUAUCUGAAGUUUCUAUAAGUGCCCAUAUGGUUGCGCCUACAAUCUAGCCCUUCUUAUGAAGAGGUUAACUUAAUUAAGGGAGCUGUUUGCAAUGAAAACCAUUUUAAUCC